AUCAAUCUGUCAUUCGUCGACGGCGAAUCGGCCGCAUCAGCGGACUUGUUACGAGCUAUUUUACAAUAUUAACUUGUAAAUUUUUAUGUGUACAAUAAUGCUGUGAGAACUACGCUCAGUGUCCAUAAAAAUAAUUGAAAGAAAAGUGACCGACAAUAAGAUGCCUUUUGUAAACAUCAAAAAGCAAUAUCUAGCAAUGGGGUUGUUAAUUUUCGUUAUGUUGUUUUUAUUUAACACUAGGCCAGUUUUUCAAUGCCAGUUUAAUGCAGAAGUGAGUUCAUAUCUCCCAGUGAUAUACGGAAUUACUCCAACGUACGCGAGGCUCGCACAAAAGGCGGAUCUUACAAGGUUAUCACAAACUUUGAUGCAUAUAAAGAACCUUCAUUGGGUGGUGAUCGAAGACUCUGCGGAAAAGACAAAAUUGGUUGCGAAUUUGCUCAAAGAAUCAAAUCUAAAGUACACACAUCUAAAUAUUAAAACGCACAAAACAAAACAAUCCACGGUGAUGGACAUCAAUAUAUGUCUAUUUAAAACAAGCAUGUACAACACAUCUUGGUAUUGUGCCAGUGGCGUGGAACAAAGGAAUUUGGCUCUGGAUUGGCUAAAGGGCCAUUUGCAGAAGGCCGAGGAUCAAAGAGGCGUUGUCUUCUUUAUGGACGAUGACAACACGUAUUCGCUUAAGGUUUUUGAUGAGAUGCGGAAAAUCAAAAGAGUUGGUGUGUGGCCAGUCGGGAUAGUUGGUGGUAUGAGAGUGGAGAUGCCUCUAGUCACGGACGGGAAAGUAAGCGGGUUCAACGCCUGGUGGAAGCCAUUCCGACCAUUCCCCAUAGACAUGGCAGGGUUUGCCAUCAACGCCACCUUGUUCCUAGAACAUCCUGAGGCCAAGUUCUCCAGAAAAGUCCAGUCUGGAUUUCAGGAAAGUGAAAUAUUAAAAUAUUUCACGACGAGAGACGAAUUGGAGCCGUUAGCAGAGAACUGCACUAAAGUGUAUGUGUGGCAUACACGUACUCAGAAACCUUCUAUAGUAAACCCGCAGAAAUUGAAACGCCCACUCGUCUCCUACGACCAUAUCGAAGUGUGAGUCCAAACAGUAUUCCAUUGGUCUUCGUACACAGGGAACAACCUCCCGAAAGAACAAAACCCCGCCAUAUAAACAUGGGGACAAAGUUCACUUUACAAUGUUACUCUAUACAACCUAAUUACUUGAAUACUCAAUUGGUGUAUACUCAGAUCAAAAUUUGUAUCGUAUAAACUACUUUUUGUAGAUAUCGUCUCGAUUUUAUGUGUAUAAGGAACAAAUUUGUAUGUUCUUCGUUUUUUAACUCCAAAAUGCCACAAAAUUAUUUUAAAGAAGUUUUAUGUGCAAUUAAUGAAGCUUUUUAUAGUGAAUUUUACGUUUCGAACGACAGUUAAGUUCUUUAUUGUCGAUAGAUAAGUGUUGAAGGCAAAUCUUCCGCUUAGUAUUAACAUAUGCCAGGCAAAAGACACUUGAAGGAUUAAUGAUAUAAUUAUAAACAGAUCUCAACUUGGAUCUAUCAAACAAUAUCUUUGCGGUUUAGAAAAUCCAAUAGAUAGACAACAGUAAUAAUACUACAAAAAUGGUGACUUGGAGGCCGCAGGCUUAAAUUGCGUGUAUGUAAAAUUUAAUUACUGAAACUUGUAUCAUAAUUAAAAAGAGUUAAUUUAUAUGACUUCAUCAUUGUUUUUGAGAACGGUUAUUUUAUCAAUAUUUAAUUUAUACAUUUUUAGUAAAGUUAGUUAAUUUUAUUUCUGACCCAAGGUUAUGGACGUCAAAUAGCCCUGAAUUAUGUAUAGACAUGAUUCUAUAAGCUUAUACAUAAAAAGUUAAAGAAUACUUGUAUUUAUAAGUUCCUAUAUAUAAGGAAAUUAUUUAUACUUGACAUUAUAAUUACAAUUAGGGUUUAUUGACAUAUAGUUUGUUUAUACAGGUUUGAUUUAUCAAAAAUCAUGAAAAUGACAUUUAGAUUCAACAUUUAAAGAAUUAUUCAAGACAAUAGACUCAAAAUCCCUUUAAUUGUUUGCUUUUUAUUUCUUGCUGCUUUUAAAUAGGACAUUUUAUGACCAGUGAUCGAAAAUUACAUUAAUUUGAAUUUACGGUCUUAUUUCGUAAAUAAUAAGGUUCAUUUACAAGUGUAUUUACCUGUAUUAUUUUAUUUUUGUAUUGUAUGAGUGUAUACAACCUUUCUAGAUUAUUUUUAUUUUUCGAAGGCAAUCAAAAUUAUCGUUUUCAUCACAAUUUGUCAUAAUAAAAUGAUAUUACUUUAUUUUUUCCAUUGUAUUCAGUAUUAUGUACUAUUUUUUUAAUAAUUUUGGGUUGGCCGUAUAGAACAUGCUAGUUUUUACUAUACUAUUGUUAAACUAAAUAUUACUUACGUUAUUACAAGUAAUUUAGCGUAAUAGCAUAAUUAUAUUUUACAAAAAAUUACUUCUAAUGUAAAGCUAGUCUUGUAUUUUUAUAUAUAUUUUGCAAUGAUCGAGUUUUUAUUGAAAAACAAAUAUUUCAUUUAUUAGUCUUUAAUAAUUAUAUUUUAUUAUACUAUAGACGUCAUAAUACUAUCUUUAGAUUUUAGUAAAUUAUUUUAUAGGCAUUAGUGGAAUCAUGUUGCUUAUUGUUAAUGGUAUUCUGUAUAUUGUACGCCAUCUUACAACACUGCUGCCAUCUAGUUUUAAGUCCCCGAAAUUAAUGGUGUAGGGUAUUUAUUUAUAUGAGGCUUUUUUUACAUUAGUAGCUUGUGUUCUCGGUGAACGAACAAAAUUUCUUUGUUAAGUACUCUCAAAAUGUUUAGUUUGAUUCCUAAGCAGACUGCUUUUCAUAUAACCGUAUUUAACAGAAUUCUUGAAAUUCGCGUACCUUCUUGACUUUCAAAACAUUGCACUUUACACAACGACAUACUUUAAAAUUAUAAAUGCAAAUCUUUACUCCAAAGACUGGCUAUUCGAAAAUAUCCUGACGCAUUCAAUAAAAAAAAAAAUAGUCUAACAAUCAGUUAGCUGACAAAAUAUACUGGUAUUACUAGUUUAUUUUAGUUCUCUUGACCUCUACAAGGUGCUCCGAGUCUGCUUAGGGCCUUGCUGUGCUAAAUUAAUAAGCUACUUAUUUUAUACAAUAUUUGUUUAUCCAUUUUGAAUAUUAACUUAAAAUAGAUAAGCAAAUAGUUAUAAUUUAUUUUGUACUCAAUUUUUUGUAUACUCUGAUUUUUAUUUUUCUUAAUAUCUGUAAAGCUACUCAAUCUUAAAAUGACUGCUGUCCUAAAGAUUCAUCAGCCACACCGCCGUAUUCAGAGUAACUUAAUGGUAGAUAACCCUUAAAUGACUGAGUACGGCCCAGAACGACCACAAAGCCAGCAAUUGUUUUCGGAACAAAAUCGUUAAUAAGGAAGUAAUGAUUAAAUGUUUCUGAGUACGCCAGAAAGACACAAUUAUGUGCAGUUAUUUUGAAAUUGAGUAGUGUUUCGAGAUUUUUUAUUUUAUUAUUUUUACAAGUGGCCAGUGAAAACAGGGUACUACAAGCUUAUUACUAAACUUCCUUUCAUCAUCCAGAUUUGCGUUUUAAACAGUUAUUAAUGCUAAAAAUUUUUUAUGGUACCUUUGUACACUAAUCCACCAACCAAUACGCAACUUUAAAACUAUAUUUUUCAAUUUAUUUUUGCAUCUUAUUAAAGACAACAAUGGUCAAACUUUAUAACUAUGACCUUGCGUCAAAUGUGUCAAAUUUACUUAUUACAUACAUAAUCUAUGUCUGGCUAAAUUGGACCCACAUCAUAAUGUCGUUACAUUUUCUAAAACAAACCAACCCGUUUUUCAAGCAGAUGCGAAUACAAUGGAUUCUUUCUCCUAUGUUUAAUUCGAUCAAAGAAGCCUAAAGCUACAGUGGCGCCACUCGUUCACAAGCGCUCACCUAAUUAGUCAGUAGCUUUGUCACCUAGUAAUAGCAUUCCGAGAAAAGUUAGUUUCACACCGAAGUUUUAGUUGCACUAAUGCAUUUGAAAUAAACUUUAGCCACUGCUCACUUGGUAUAUAGUACCUUUCGUUUUUAUUCUAGGUCUUAGAAAACUUGUCUAGAGGUAAAACUAAGCAUAAUAAAUUAGUUUGUUACGAAAUGCUCAAAGUUCCGAAUCGGUCUAAAACUUGAUUCCUUUUUAGCGUAGUAAACACUUUUUGUACUUAUCUCUCUGUUAUUGUAUAGGAAAUGUGGAUAUUUAUUUGAUUGGAGCUUAUUUGUGAUAGGUUUUUUAUGGGUAUCUGACUUGUAAAUUCUGUACCGCGAGUUUCUAAUAGAUAUUAUUCUUUGUAGUACAUUAGCGAACUGGUGAAUCAAGUGUGUGUGUGUGUAUUAUGUACCCAUAUGAGAUUUGUAUAUGUAAAUGAAAGCAUGAUACGUGUACUUACAUUUUAGUGUAGAGAGAAAACCGAUCAAUGUUGUAUCUAGCAAUAUGUAUGUUGUGUGAUUCAAAAUUUAAAUUAUGCUCGCGGUAUUGAAUUAUUUUUGGUGAUUGAUCCUAUAUUUCCUACUUUUAGGGAACAAUGUAUGUUGAAACUGAUUGAAACAAUUAAUAUAAUUUAAUAUUUAAUGCAUAUCGAAUCUCAAUUUGUUUAUAUUUAUAGGCAGUGCCGUUUAUUGUUGCAGUUUAUUAUAUAAAGAAAUAUCAAUACCUUAGCAUCCUUUGUUUAUAUAUAAGGCCUAAAACUUUACCAGAAUAGUAUCAGUGUUUGUAUAUUAUUGUUUAAAUUUUAUUAUUUUAAUUACUAAAUACGUAAUUGAACAAUUAUGUUGGAACAGUUUGACCGUCGCGAUGGCAAUAAUGUAAUUUUUACAUUUACAAUAGUUAAACUAAUAUAAGAACAUAUAAGUAAAAGAAUUCUUCCGUUGUAAACUUACUCUCUAGUUUAAUUCAUAGUGUGUAAGUACGAACGAGUAGGAAACUCUUCAUGUGAUGAUUUUUUAGAUUUCUAUUUCUAUAAUUUUGUAAAUACUUCAUAUUUAAUUUUAUUGUAUGAUGAGAAUAAAAAAUACAAGUGAUA